GGCAGUGGCACUUCCUUGGCCCAGGGCUGGGAGGAGGGGACACACGUGUCACCCAGGAGGGCUCCCACCGACCAAGGCUCUGCAGCUGCUCUCUUCCAUCAGGACAUGGCACAGACAGAGACACUGGGUACAUCCCCAGAGGGACCCCGUCCCUCCUACAUGUACAAGGUGGUGCUGCUGGGCAGCAUGUCCGUGGGCAAGUCCAGCCUGGCCUACAGAUACGUGAAGAAUGACUUCAGGGAGCUGCUGCCCACCGUGGGAUGCUCCUUCUUCACACAGAUACUGGACCUGGACGAGGCCACUGUCAAGUUUGAGAUCUGGGACACGGCGGGCCAGGAGAAGUACCAGAGUGUCUGUCACCUCUACUACCGGGAUGCCCACGCUGCCCUCCUCGUUUAUGACAUUGCUAACAAGCAAACAUUCAGCAGAGCAAAGCUGUGGCUGGAGGAGCUGGAGAAGAAAUUCCUGCCUGAUGAAAUCGUGAUUGCUCUGGUGGGCAACAAGACAGACCUUGCUGCUGAGCGAGAGGUCACCACUGAGGCGGGGGAAGACUUUGCACGAACAAAAGGCCUCCUGUUCAUGGAGACAUCUGCAAAAUCCAACCACCAAGUGAAUGAUAUCUUCAUGGCCAUAGUCCAAGAACUCCUGAGGAGGGAAAAAGAGAAGGCACCCAGGCCAUCCCCACAUGGGAGGUCGACCGUGGACCUGAGUGCGAGUGGGGCGAGGACGAGGUGCUGCCGGAGCUGA